AUGUCACUCAGUAAGGGUCUACGAAGAUUAAGUUCGGCAAGGGUUCACAUAUUGAGGUGUAGGUUUUACUCGGGCAUUCGGACCGUUGCUCUUAUUCCUGGCGAUGGAAUAGGUCCUGAAAUAUCAUCCGCCGUUAAAAAAAUUUUUGCCGUGGCCAAUGUUCCAAUUAAAUUUGCCACUGUUGAUGUAACCCCCACGAGAUUGCCUGACGGGACCUUUGGAAUGCCUCCUGAAUCUCUGGAUGUCAUUCGUAAACUUGGUAUCGGCCUGAAAGGACCUCUUGCAACCCCGAUCGGGAAGGGUCAUGGAUCUCUAAAUCUGGCUUUGAGAAAGGAGUUCAAUCUCUACGCAAACGUUCGACCUUGUAAAUCGGUAGAAGGCUACGAAACUCCUUACAAGGGUGUUGACCUAGUCACGAUUCGUGAGAACACGGAGGGCGAAUAUUCGGGCAUUGAACACGUGAUUGUUGAUGGAGUGGUACAAAGCAUAAAAGUGAUCACCUAUGAGGCCAGCUCGCGGGUAGCUGAGUUUGCUUUCAAGUUUGCCCAGGAUAAUGGGCGAUCUACUGUGACUGCCGUUCACAAGGCUAACGUCAUGCGAAUGUCAGACGGCAUGUUCUUGCGGGCAUGCAGGGAGCAAGCGGAGCGUUAUCCAAAUAUCCACUUUCGUGAGAUGUUCCUCGAUUCUGUUUGCUUGGGUAUGGUGCAGGAUCCCCUACAAUUCGACGUUCUUGUUAUGCCCAAUCUUUACGGCGACAUUCUCAGCGAUCUAGCAGCGGGUCUAGUCGGUGGACUCGGUGUCACACCAAGUGGUAACAUAGGUCAGCAAGGCGCUCUCUUUGAAUCGGUGCAUGGAACAGCGCCGAACAUCGCGGGUCAGGAUAAAGCGAAUCCCACCGCCCUCCUCUUCUCCGCCACCAUGAUGCUACGCCAUCUGGACCUCAGUCACUAUGCCAAUCUCAUUGAAGCGUCCGUGUUUUCAGUUCUUCAUGCAAAAAAGCACCUAACAAUGGAUUUGGGCGGAACUGCCAAGUGCUCGGAGUAUACAGCUGCCAUUUGUGAGGAAAUUGUUCGAGGGCCUCAUUGA